AUGCUGCGUGUGACGCUCCUCGCCCUGGGCUGCUGUGCUGGCCAUGCAGUUCGGUCGGCGAGCAACAUGACGGAGGCUUCGGAAGGGCUGGAGGAUCGAGUGCGAAAGCUCCUUUGCAACUACGGCUUUGCCUACGACUUGCCAGAAGAGCUCGGGCACGCCCCGUUGCCCCAUCCGUGCUGCGAAGAGAGCAAGUGCGCUGCCAUCAACAGGAGUCCAAACUGCACAGUGCAGUGUCGCGUGGGCUUCCGGCCACCGCCAGAGGGUAUUGGUGUUGAGAUGUUCCUGCCGAGGGAGUGUGCGGAGCCCUUUGUUGCCCGCAAGCCGUACUACAAGCCGAACCGCUAUAAGCCCUUCGACGUCCACUUCGGCGAGCCCAACGAGAAGGUGAAGGCCUUUCAAGGGAGGCGCUUGGACAUCAGUGACGGAGACGGCCCUGGGGCUCUGGUGGUGACCUGCUGA